GCGAUGGGCGUGAGUCAGUCUGGCGUUGGCCGUGUUUGCGAGAGGAAGUACAGUGUGAGUUCGCGCAAGGAGACCGCUACCAUGAGGCAACUGAACCACGACAACGCUGUCCCUCAGCUGCCGCCCAAGAUGAGCAUGAGCAAGGCACCGGCGCCGCCCCCCGCGAGUGAGAUCACCAAGGAGAUGCGUAAGCUGUCGUUCGAGGACAAGGAAUCGCGUAAUAACAAGGAUGUUAAGCAGCAGCCGCAGGAACAGCCGGCGGCCAUGCCUCUCCCGCAGGAGUUUGUGGUUAAGUACCUUGGCCGUCGCGACGCUGGCGGUCUCUGGGGCAUUAAGCGGAAGCCCGUGGACGACAUGGUGGCGCGCGCCAAGGAGAUGAAGCCCGGGGACACGCUGCCCUUCCUCAAGAUGACGGUGAGCGAGAAGGGCGUCAGCAUCUCCGAGAUGCCCCAGAACGUCAACAAGAACUUCGAAGGAGGCUUCUACAACAUCGAUGUGAUCAGUUAUGGCGUGCAGGACCUCGUGUACACGCGGGUGUUCGCCAUGAUCGUGGUCAAGGAGGAGGCGGCCAGCAUCGCCAAGUCGCAGCACCCUUUCCAGUGCCACGCCUUCGUCUGCGACUCCCGCCACAACGCCCGCAAGCUCACCUUCGCCCUCGCUCAGGCCUUCCAGCAGUUCUCGAAGGAGGUGAAGGCCAACAAGUCCACUCGGAAACCCAAGAAGUUCGCUAUCGAUCUCCGCUCUCCCGAAGAGAUCGAGGUCGACCUCAAGGAAGCUGAUUCUGAGGCUUAGACGCGGCAGUGAGAUUCGAGUGUCGGAUGGAGGGUGAGCUGGAAGAUGAAGAGGAAGGAUAGAAGGAAGAAGAGAAGGAAAAAAAGAUAAGAAGAGAGUAAAAAAAAGUGAAAUGGUGUCUUGAGUGAUGAAAAUAACUGAAAAAAGAUUAUGUUGCCGGGUUUUUACUCUUAGUGAUGAAAAAAUACCAAUGAAAAAAAAACAUAAAGAGAAAAAAGUCACUGUUGAAAUAACCAGUGUCCGAGACUUGAUAUUUCGUGAAACGAAGAAAAAGCAUGAAUAAAAAAGGAGAAAUAGUAAAGUGAUACAAAUCAAGUUGUAAAUCCAGGGCAGUGUAAUGGCGUGAGCUGAUAAGUGCAAGAGAUAAUCUCUUAUCGUGUCACGUGACAGAUAAAAGAAGGAAAAUAGUUUUUUUUAAUACGUUUAAGCCAAAGUUUUAGAAUGAGAUAGUUUUCCGAUUUUAGGUAUAAAAAAUCGCUUAAAACUGAUUUCAAUCUAUUAUAAUAUCCCUAAUACCUGAAUUAAUGAAGUCUAUUUGAAAAA